AUGUCCUCUAAACACUUUCUAGUGUUCCUUUUUGGAGUGAUGUUUUUCAUCACUUCUAGCUUUGCAGAGUAUUCUAAGAAGCCUCAUCCUUCAGUUGAAAACUCAUUUCUUGAGAAAACACCACAAUUUGAGGAUUCACUGAUCAAUGAACCUCAGAUAAAUGAGCCUCAAGCUGGUAAAUGGUUUAAGCCAGGGAUAGUGAAGCCAAAUAAAGGGCCUACCAAACCGAAGCCCGACAGACCCCUCCCUGGAAAGCCAGGGCAAGAGAUUCCACCAAACAAAGAGAAACCAGGCAAAGAGAAACCAGGCAAAGAGAAACCGGGCAAAGAGAAAUCACCAAAAGAAAAAAAUUAA